UAUACCACAGGCAAGUGUCCCCCGACUUUCGUGGUCGGACCACGCUCGUGUUUCUAUAUGGCCAACUGGACUCUGACCUGGGACAAUGCCAGACUGGACUGCCAGCGACGUGGCGCUGACCUCGCGUCUGUCGACGACCAGGCCGAGGACUUCUUCCUUGUGGGACUCUUCAACUCUGUAGCAGCGGCGACUCAUCCCAGUUAUUACUGGCUGGGGGGCUACUACAUCAUGGCAACGAAGGAGUGGGCGUGGCUGGACAUGGCGCGUGUCCAGUACACGAGAUGGGGUCCGAAAGAGCCUACCAGCAGCACCUACCAGUACCGCAUCUGCAUGGUCAACCCCGCCAGUAACGCAGCCUACACCGACUGGAUGUGGGCCACCGGCACCGCCACCAGCGCUUACGGCUUCAUCUGCGAGAGACCCUUCCUGUGAUAGGAUGUGACCAUCUUAUCAAGUCAUACUGAAGGUGGAAGAAUGAAUGGUAUUCUGACCAAAAAUUCCAUUUGUUGCUGAAUGUU